AUGGCUCGCUUUGCUCAGAACACCACCUGCGGCAACACCUGCCCAUGGGGCAGCGGUGAUGCCAGCUUGCCGGAUGCCUUCACCAUCGCGGCCGAGAAGGCCGCCCGGCGACGUGAGUCCAAGGAGGCCCCGGCUCCGGCAGCGGAAGCCAGGGAUGCUCCCGCCACGGAGGAGAAGGAGACCGCCCGCUCCGAGGUCACGGCCACCGCGCGCUCCGUGGCCUCACGGGCCACCAAGGCCUCUCGCGCCUCGCGGGUGCCGGACACCGGCCGCACGGAAGCGAUGGAAGCGAAGAUGAUGGAUUUGAUCGAGAAGUGCGUGGACAAGAAGGUGCUUCAGAUGCAGCUCCAGCCACCUGCCGGCCCUACCGGUUCCGGUCGCUCGGUGCGCACAGCCACGGCUCGCUCUGUUCGCUCGGCCCGUUCUGUGCGGUCGACAGAGAGUGUUCUGAGCCAACCCGGUGUACCAUCCCACGUCGAGACCGACACCAGCGUGAAGGCAGAGCCACAGCCAGAAGCUGUGACCAUGGCCGGCAAGCGGGCUCAGGCAGCGAAGCUUUCUGAUGCUGCUCUCGGACAGUUCGAUGACGACCAGCGUCGCCUUGCCUACCUGGAAAUGCAGAAGAGUGCUGCGGAAGCCCGGAACAAGAACCGCUCCGCUCUCACCUUUGGCUACGAGCCCCCGUCGCGUGUGGAGGAGGCGAAGGGCGAGACCAUGGCAGGGAAGCGUGAGAAGGCUCAGAAGCUCUCAGAUGCCUCGUUGGGAAAGUUCGAUGCUGACGCGUCUCGCCUUGCUUACCUGGAGAUGCAGAAGAGUGCCGCGGAGGUCCGGAACAAGAACCGCUCUGCCAUGUCCUUCAACGAACCCCAGGCCCAGACUUACCCGGCUUUGUUGCGCGAAGUGGAUGGCUUGGCUCAGCCGACCAUGGCCGGCAAGCGGGCCCAGCGGGAGAAGGUUUCGGAGGCCAAGCUGGGAAAGUUCGAUGCCGACAAGUCCCACGACGCCUACAUGGACAUGCAGAAGAGUGCCGAGGAGAUGCGCAACAAGCACCGUGUUGGGCAAGGCAUCUUCUGA